CCUGGCCGGGCAGCCUGGGAGGGACACAGGCGGGACCAGGGGAGGGACAGCCACCGGCCAUCGGUGUGGGGAGCGGAAGUGGGCCAGAGAGCACGGGGCGGCCUGGGACACCCUGAGGAGACAUGCCAGGCCCCUCGGUCCCCUGACUUGGGACCAGGGGGCAUUUCCCGGACUCCUGGACUGAGCUGGAAGCAGCUGGGGAAACUCCAGGCCACCUGCACAUCCUGGCCCAGGCUGGGAAGGGUGUCGGCCCCUCCUCCUCUGUGCCCGCUCCUCCCAGAAGUCCACCAUGGAGAGCAAGGAUGAGGUCAGCGACACCGACAGCGGCAUCAUCCUGCAGUCUGGCCCCGACAGCCCGGUGGCCCCCGCGAAGGAGCUGACCCACGCGGUGCGCAAGCAGCAGAGGGCCCUGGAGGCGCGGCUGGAGGCCUGCCUGGAGGAGCUGAGGAGGAUCUGCCUGCGGGAAGCGGAGCUGACGGGCAUCUUGCCUGCAGAGUACCCCUUCAGACCGGGGGAGAAGGCCCCCAAGGUCCGCCGCAGGAUCGGAGCCGCUUACAAACUGGACGAGUGGGCCUUGCACAGAGAGGACCCACUGAGCAGCCUGGAGAGGGAGCUGGCCCUGCAGCUGCAGAUCGCCGAGGCCGCGCGGCGCCUGUGCCGGGAGGGGAACCUGGGCCGCCAGGCGCGCCGGCAGCGGAAGCACGCGGUGCAGCAGGAAGAGAAGAAGCUGCGGGACCUGCAGCGCUGCCUGGGGGAGUGGCAGCGAGGCAACGGGGCCCCUCCCACCCUGGCCCCAGGCCCAGAGCACGGCGCCUCAGAUGACAGCUCCCUGUUGGACGGGCUUCUCCGUGAGGAAGAGGCAUCUCAAGUGCCAAAACCUCCCCCAGAGUCCCCAGAUGCGCCUUCCCGGCCUCUCCCGCCCCAAACCCUCGAGGGGCUGCAGCCAGCAGGCCUUGACACGGGGGGCCUGGAGCGGGCCCCCAUCCAGAACAGCCCCUGGAAGGAGACGAGCCUGGACCACCCCUACGAGAAGCCCAGGAAAUCCUCCGAGCCCGGAAGCGAGUCCAGCAGCCCGGCCAGCACCCCGCAGGAUGGGCCCAGCGAGUCUAGUCCUGCCUCCUGCUACGUGGUCCCCGUCCGCAACGUUGCUGGGCAGCGGCAGGGCCGCAUCAGUGCCCCGGCCACCCCUGAGAUGCAGGGCAGGAGGGGCCAGUCACAGCCCCUGAGGACCGACCCCUUCCGCGCGGGCCCCGACGGCAGGGGUCGCAGCGCCCUCCCGCGCCGCCGCCCCACUUACUACACGGUGACUGCACCCGCUCCCGUGCCGUGCCCCGCCUGCCACUCGUGCUCCGAGGACAGCGGUUCCGACGCCUCCAGCCUGUCGCACCCGACGCCCCCCGGCAGCAGCAGCCCCGACAUCUCCUUCCUGCGGCCACUGUCCCCGCCCGCGCCGCCCCGCCCGCGCGUGCCCCGCGGCCCCCGACUCCGGCCUCCCCCCGCCUGCCUGAGGGCCGCGCGCUACCUGGUGCUGGCUGAGGGCCGCCCGCCGCCCGGCCAGUGGGUCGAGUGGGGCCCGGGCCGCGGCGAGGACGCGGCCGCCCCGCGCUGGCAGCGCCCACCGCCCGCCCACGGCCGCGUGGUCCGGACGCCCUCUUUGCGCGACAGCCCCGCGGGCCGCGGGCUCAGCAAGGCGGCCGUGUCCGAGGAGCUCAAGUCGUGGCACGAGCGGGCCCGGCUCCGGAGCUCACGCCCCCACUCGCUGGACCGCCAGGGGGCUUUCCGCGUGCGCAGCCUGCCGCCUGGCGCCGAAAGCUUCGCGCGCACACAGGUGCCCACCGUGUGUGUGCUCCGGAGAUCACCUGAGGGGGCCCCCGUGCAAGUGUUUGUACCUGAGAAUGGAGAGAUCAUCAGCCAGGUGUGACCCUGGGCUCCGGACACCGUGGCCGGCAGGCCGAAGAGACUGCUUCCCAGCGGGGCUGGGGCUGCGACCGCCCACCCUUGAAGCCCUCUUCGGCUCUCCUCCCCCAUCGCAGGUCGAUGACCUGGAGCUGAGACUUUUUUUUUUUUUUUUUUUACCAGUUUUUGUUCAGAAGCUCUGGCCUAUGGAUUUAUAUUUGUGGUCUGUCCCCAAGAUCCCUGUAAUAUGACAGUGCUUUAUUCCCCAGAGACAGGCCUACUGGACUCGAGGCCUUGCCUCUGACUAACAGCACCUGUCUCCGUGUGCAAGACGUGUGGUAGGGGACGCAUCCCCAGAGAACAGCCCCUGGCCCUCCUGCCCCACUGCCGCUGGGGGCUGCACCUCCCUCCCGCAUUUCCCAGCUCUCAGGCUGUAGGGGUGCCCGGGCUGGGGGCGAGUCGUCCCCUCUGUGAUGUGCUCUGUGAUGCACGCACCGAGCUAGGUUAAAGGUCAGCGUGUCCUGGCGGAGUCUUGUCUUCCUGGGCUCUGCUCUUUUCCUGACCCCGUGACUUCCUUGUAGGGGCCCCUGUCACUGCGUGCGCCCUUGUCCUGAGGCUCCCAGCGUCGACCCAGACCCAGGAGCCUUGGGCUGGAGGCCUCUCCAGAUUGGAGCAUCCGUAGGCCCUGGCCGGGAGCCGACCACCUUCUCUGGGCCUCUUGAGGGCUUGCAGGCCACCGCCCGCUCCCCCCCCACCCCCCCCCCGCCACCGCCCCACUUCCUCUGAUGUCUUUUCGUCGUCGUCGUCAUCCUAAAAACCAGCGCUUUACAUGUGCUUCUGGAAGGGCGCCCCCUGUGGCGCGUUCCCAGGGCCGGGGGUGUCAUUGCUCCUUCCCGCACUCGGCUGUGCUGCCCUGAGGCCGGAUUUCCUUGAAGGAGGGCAAGUCCUUGUUUUUACAGACAUGGGGACACCCGCCUUGCAGGGUAUUAAUGAGUCAUCCUAGUGCUGAGACUUGAGGCCCGGAAGCUGGCCGUGCUAAGACCGUCCGUGGUCCCGGGCUCUCAUCCUUGGGCCUUUGCUGCCGGGUCAGAUCCCCAAAUAGGGGUCCUGCUCCCAGGAGAGAGCCGCUGAGCUGAGGCUGGGAGGUUUGGAGGCACCAAGCGCUGACCUUGCCCACGUGGCAUCCUCUGUCUGUAGGACGGGGGCUACACAGACAGCGAGGCUCUAAGAACUUUGAGGCCUGGCCCGGACGAGGCACAGUUCUCCCGCUGCCUGGGGCAGGGCGGCCCGGCCCAGGGGUCGGGAGGAGGGAGGGGCCUGAGGGGAAGCCUGCAUCCCUGUGCUCCCGGCCCGCAGCAUCCUGGCUUUGGGAGCACCUGCCCCGUCGUGUUGACUUUGGGCGCUGUUCCGUGGCGCUGGGUGUCUGAGCGCGUUGCCCUUGAGCGCAGCCUCUGCCCCCUGCCGCCCCGGGUCCUCGCGGAGCGCGCCCUCCACGCCCGCGAGUCCUUCGCGUUGACUUACUGGUCCUGUGUGAUGCCUGGUGCGCCUGGGAAGUGGCUGUGUCCUCGGCGGUGGGGUUUCCGUGCCAGUUACUCCAAUAAAGUCUGUCUUUG